AUGAUCGUGUAUAAGGAUAUGAUCACUGAGGAUGAAAUGUUCACAGACUCGCACUGUCCUCGUGUUGUCGCGGAUUUCUUUUAUGAAGUCGACUCGAGGUUUACGACAGUUUCAAGUAAUGUAGAUGGGAGACUUAUUGGCGCCAACCCAUCUGGUGAGGGUGGAGAAGAUGAAAAUGUGGAUGAUACAAGCAAAAGGGUCAUUGAUUUAGUUCACGCUAAUGGUUUCAUUAGUGUUCCUUUCGACCAAAAAUCAUACAAAGCGCAUCUUAAUUUGUAUUUAAAAACUAUAAUAGAGCGUUUGCAAAAGACUGAUCCAGACAGAGUUCCCUUACUUAAAUCUCAGGUCAACAAGUACAUGAAGAAUGUCCUUGAUAACUUUGACCAAUAUGAGUUUUACAUGGGUCCAUCAUCUAAUCCUGACGCCAUGAUAGUUUUGAUGAAUUUCCGUGAGGACGGUAUGACACCAUACUUCGUUUUCUUCAAGGAUGGAUUAACUCAGGAAAAAUAUUGA